UCCCGAGAGGGCGUUAGUGCACGGUGGUACGCCGCAAGCUUUUCGAGUGAAUUUUCACAAAUUCCGCUACGUCGACGUCUUUGAUUUGAUAUUACCUCGUCACUCUCGUCAGUGCCGAGACGCGUGUUUAUCAAUCUCUCGUAUGCAUGACAUUUCAUCGCUCAUUGACGUUAUCAUCAUACGUAAGCCAACGAGCUUUUUCACUUUCCAUUUUCCGUCUUCAUUGCGUAGGUUAGGAUAAACAACGAUAAGAUGCUGGCGUUGGAGCGCAUACCUGAUCAAAUCGGAUUCUUGGUACUAACCGAGGACGGUGCCGUGUUGACGUCCGGAGGAGAUUUGGAGAAUGACGAAAGAGUGGCAAAUAUCAUGAGCAGUUUGGUCACGCUGACGAGUAAAGUUGAUCCCAAGGCGUUCCCCUUGCACGAUCCCUUCGAGAAGAUAUCGAUCAAGUACAAGGAUCACUGCUACGUCGUGUGUCUCUCCAAUAAGAAGAUCUACGUGGUGAAGAGGAAGCUGCCGGCUCCGACCGCGGCGAUCGUCGAGCAGCAGCCCGUCGUCGAUGUUUAGACACACGAAUAUAAACGUAACGCCCAGCAAAAACAAUACAUCUGUUCUUUGUAAGCUUUGAUAUCCGACACGAGUUCAACUUCUUCGAUCAUUACGAGAGAUCUUUAUUCACUGUUAUGUAUCUUAUAAUAGGAAUAUAUGUAUUCUAAGAAUGAAGAAUGAAUUACAGUGCAAUGUAGUUUUAGGAAGCAUUACACGCCUCCGUUAUGCGACGGCUUCUUUCGAUCUUUCGUAAAACAUCCUUCCAGCAUGUAACUUGAUGGAAAAUUAUAGCUACGAUCAUUCUCGAGAAAUAUAUUUUUUAUUAAAAUA